UUGAGUCUGGAAGGACUUUUAUCCAGAAGGCCAAGCGGCAAAUAAGCACCACAGUUUAACUUAACUUCAUUUUCACUGUGGUUACACUUCAAGACUUAAUUAAAACUAAACAGUCCUUCUGCAGUACCUUUUACGUAGAAUUUGAGGGCCUAAUUAAACUUUAGCACUUCAAGUAACUAGAAGAUGUUAUGAUCCACACUGUAAUGAUGGAGAAGUGGAGCUUCCUCACAAUUUCACAGGAGGCAAAACCAGGGAUGGGCUUCAUAAUUUCGAUCUUUAACCACAGGCAAAUGUUGUUUACUAAAUAAUAUUUUUCUUACACUGACUCUCAGUUCUGUGCAUGCUCUCACUUGAUGCUCUUCUGAUUGAUAAGAUGGUGCUGCUUUUCAGCCUCCUUCAUAAACAUAUUUGCCUUAGCUCCUCCCUCCUUCUCUUGCAUUCUUAUCAUGCAAGUGGGGUAAGUCCUUAUUUCUGUACUGCUGUACUCUGUCUCAGUUGUGCUUUCGAUGGGUUCCUUGCACUGUGCACCAGCACACGUGGGUGUGUGGUCUCUGUAUCUCCACGCCAUGUGCAGCUGCCCCCACUUACUGACAUCUCAUAUUGAUAUGCAGUUCUCCUGGCUGGAAGUUUUGAUUCUCAGAUAAAAAAUAUGCAAAUAGUUAAUUACGCUGUGUGAUGGAACAUGAACAACUGUAGUGAGUUCUAAAAUGGGCUUUUUCUUUUCCAUGUGAUUUUCACUGGAUGUUUAUCCAGCUGGACUUCACUGCAACUGGCUCUUCCAACACGGACACGGGCAAGGCUUCGGGCAGUCUAGAGACCAAGUACAAGAUGAAAGAGCACGGACUGACGUUCACCCAGAAGUGGAACACAGAUAACACGUUGGGAACAGAAGUUGCUGUGGAGGAUCAGUUGGCUGGAGGAUUGAAGGUGGCUCUUGACACUACAUUUGUACCGAACACAGGGAAGAAGAGUGCAAAGUUGAAGACCUCCUACAAAAGAGAAUAUAUAAAUGUAGGCUGCAACAUAGACAUUGAUCUCGCUGGGCCAACCGUUUAUGGCUGGGCGGUGCUGGGCUAUGAAGGCUGGCUCGCUGGCUACCAGAUGGCUUUUGAUACAGCCAAGUAUAAGCUUUCACAAAAUAACUUUGCCUUGGGAUAUAAGGCAGGAGACUUUCAGCUGCACACUAAUGUGAAUGAUGGCACCGAGUUCGGUGGGUCUAUUUAUCAGAAGGUUAAUAAUAAGGUUGAGACAUCAGUCAAUCUUGCAUGGACUGCUGGCAGUAACAACACACGUUUUGGUAUUGCUGCAAAGUACCAGCUGGACGACAAGACUUCUGUUGUGGGUAAAGUGAACAAUGCCAGCCUCAUUGGACUUGGGUACACUCACACCCUCCGACCUGGUGUUAAACUGACCGUCUCAGGCUUGAUUGAUGGCAAGAAUUUCAAUGCUGGAGGUCACAAAGUUGGGCUGGGAUUUGAGCUGGAAGCUUAACACAGCUGUGAGUAAAACAACUGGUGGUGCUCUGGAAGAUGAAGGAAAAGUAUACCCAGUGUGUUUCGGCCUUAAUAUACUCUGAAAUUUGAAGAAGUGUGAACUUUCUGCUCUUCCAAAGAACGACUUUAACCCACUGCUGAAGGUCCAGAGAGUGCCAGCACAACAGAGGAAGACACUUGAAGGCAUGCAUGGAAGUUGUGAUGUUUGUGCCACAUUUCAGUUUCCUGUAUUUUAAAUCUGUUCCUAAAAAACAGAAGAAAAUCCAACCUCUCCCCCUUAUUGUAUUGCAUUUUGCAUGUCCUGUACUCCACAGCCUUUUAUAAAAGGUGGUCUCUGUGCUGUAGUGGAAAUUUGGGAUUACAUCAGAAUGAAAUAAAUUGGUCCGAGUCGGAACAGAA